AUGCAUUCCAACAGGCUGCUGCAGUGGAUUGUCAUACCCCGGCUGGUCCGGCUGGUAGCCAGGUUAAACCUGCUUUCUGCUCUAAACAGAAAGCACCUGCCUUCUCUCUGAUAAAAGACAGCCAUUUUUAUAAAUCAUUCCAAUCCUACGAUCUUAGUAAUUGAUUAGAUUUAUAUAACAUUUCUAUAGAUUCUCAUAUAAAAAUAUAAAUUGUUCCCCUUUUUAACUUAUCAAAAGCAACUUUUAACUUUACCCAGAAAGCUUUCUGCUCUAACUUGUCAAACGAACUUGCUAGAGCAUAAACAUUUAAUAAUAUAAUAAUAAUAAUAAUAAUAUGCCAUUUAGCAGACGCUUUUAGCCCAAAACGACUUUCUGCUUCAGCUUGUCAAGGCGACACAGCCAUGGGCCCCACAGUUAUGUUGGACUUACUUUGCAGCUGGCUGCUUUAUUGAGAAAUGUUUUACUUAUGAUGACUGUGUGAUGGUUGUCGUACAUAACUAUCUUAAGAUGAAUGCGUCUACUGAAUGACUCAAAUGUAAAUCUCUGGUCCAAAAAUCACUUAACACCAGCUUGUCUGAUGAACUCCAACCUCCAUUGUUCCACACAUUCUCUCCAAACAACAAACCAUGCCCCCAUUAGUGGUCAAAAGGUUUUUGGUGCUCCAAAGAUUCGGUAGGGUAUUCUGAGGGGUGAAAUUACAGUACCAUUCAAAAUACUGCAAUUAAUUCCCCUCCAACAACAUUUUCCCACAAUGCACCAUCAUUUACAGUAUGCUGCAGUAAAAUGUUUCAGAGUAAUUAACUACUGAUAAUACCCCAAAUUACCGUAUAAAUUAGUGUUUCUGCUACAAUUAGUAAUCAUCGAGCCAUACUUAUCCUCCCUCUCAUUCCACUCCUUCUCUCUAACCCACUCCUCUCUCUUAUCUCUCUUUGUCUCUUCUCUCUCUCAGUCUCUGUCAAGCCAUCUCAUAUCCAGAGUCAGCAGACUAACUGCCGAGAUUACCGUAAAUUGUCUCUCUCUAUCUCUCACGACGUACAUCACUAGUGAUCUCUCGCGAGAUCGCGCUAUACUCGGACGAUCGAUAGACGAGCAGAUAAUCUCUAGAGUCGUACGCUGCUCUGGGGAAUAUCAUCUCGCUCAUCUCUCAAUCGCUCUCUGCUCUCUGCUCUAUCUCUCUAUCGCUCUAUCAUUGAUUAAUCCCCUGUUGAAUUCUAACCCCUCCACAUUCAGAUCUGUGGGAGAAAAUCACACAGACAGAUACAGUAUAUUUGCUAACUUAAAGGAAGAAGUUGAAUUUGAUGAAUGCUUCUUCUACUGGAAACUCAUUUCCCCCCCAUUUUUUCCACAGUGCUGAGGACCAGUGCACCCAGGCUCUGUACUCCAAGCCUCCGCCAGCGGGAGAGUCCAACCACGUAGGGGAGGGGAGCAGUCCUGAGGAGGUGGAGGUGUUGCUGUCCAAACAGAAAACCCCCAAGAAGCCCUCCUUCCUCCGCUCCCUCAUCAGGGCUUUUGGACCCUACUUCCUCAUCGGAUCUGCCUUUAAACUCCUACAGGACCUCAUCACCUUCGUCAACCCACAGCUCCUCAGGUAAGUAGAGCACUACGAAGCAUUAUAACUCCUUAUGAAGCCUUUUGAAGCCUAUAUGUCAAGAUGAACACGCUGAACGUGGCCUGAAAUCAAAUUAAGUUCUGAGUAAAGAUAAAGAUCUGUAUACAGAGAUAUUGCAAUAUAGCAGCAGUAGUUCCUCUAUCAGACCCAUCAUAGGAGCAUUUGUUUCCUUGUAGCUUUACAGGAUGACAGGACAACAUUGUUCCUCUCACUACCACAGUAUUUACCUGGACAGUAUUUACCUGGACAGUAUUUACCUAUGUGGAUUAUGUAAGGAAAUUAUCAACCUAACAAUCUAUCAUGGUCUCUUAUCUCUAGAAAAUAACGUUUUGCAGUGUUUUGGUCUUCAUCCUUAUUGGUCUUAUUUGUAUGUGAUGCAAAGCCAACGUGUAAAUGUCUUACCUGUGUAGGCUAUCAUGAGUGGGUGUGUAUUUGAAUGAUGGCCGCCUUUCUGUGAAAGCCUAACCCCCUCUGUCGUAUAGAGGGGGUUAUUAAUUAUUUAUUUCCUGGAGAGAAGAGACCGUGAUAGAUUGUUAGGUAGAUAAUGUAUUUUCCAUAAACCACAUAGGUGUCAUGGUGGUUAGCUCGUUAUGGGAAAACUUCACCUCCCUUUGCUUCUUUUCUUUCUUCAUUCUAGGACUUGCCCUUCGUUCAUUGUACUUUCAGAUCACACAUUAUUUGUUAUACAGUUGAAGUCGGAAGUUUACAUACACCGUAGCCAAAUACAUUUAAACUCAGUUUUUCCACAAUUCCUGACAUUUAAUCCUAGUAAAAAUUCCCUGUCUUAGGUCAGUUACGAUCACCACUUUAUUUUAAGAAUGUGAAAUGUCAGAAUAAUAGUAGAGAGUAUGAUUUAUUUCAGCUUUUAUUUCUUUCAUCACAUUCCCAAUGGGUCAGAAUUGUACAUACACUCAAUUAGUAUUUGGUAGCAUUGCCUUUAAAUUGUUUAACUUGGGUCAAACGUUUCGGGUAGCCUUCCACAAGCUUCCCACAAUAAGUAGGGUGAAUUUUGGCCCAUUCCUCCUGACGGAGCUGGUGUAACUGAGUCAGGUUUGUAGGCCUCCUUGCUCGCACACGCUUUUUCUGUUCUGCCCACAAAUGUUCUAUAGGAUUGAGGUCAGGGCUUUGUGAUGGCCACUCUAAUACCUUGACUUUGUUGUCCCAUUUUUCCACAACUUUGGAAGUAUGCUUGGGGUCAUUGUCCAUUUGGAAGAACCAUUUGCGACCAAGCUUUAACUUCCUGACUGAUGUCUUGAGAUGUUGCUUCAAUAUAUCCACAUAAUUUUCCUUCCUCAUGAUGCCAUCUAUUUUGUGAAGUGCACCAGUCCCUCCUGCAGCAAAGCACCCCCACAGCAUGAUUCUGCCACCCCCGUGCUUCAUGGUUGGGAAGGUGUUUUUCGGCUUGCAAGUUCCCCCUUUUUCCUCCAAACAUAACGAUGGUCAUUAUGGCCAAACAGUUCUAUUUUUGUUUAAUCAGACCAGAGGACAUUUCUCCAAAAAGUACGAUCUUUGUCCCCAUGUGCAGUUGCAAAACGCAGUCUGGCUUUUUUAUGGCGGUUUUGGAGCAGUGGCUUCUUCCUUGCUGAGCAGCCUUUCAGGUUUUGUCGAUAUAGGACUCGUUUUACUGUGGAUAUAGAUACUUUUGUACCUGUUUCCUCCAGCAUCUUCACAAGGUCCUUUGCUGUUGUUCUGGGAUUGAUUUGCACUUUUCGCACCAAAGUACGUUCAUCUCUAGGAGACAGAACGCGUCUCCUUCCUGAGCGGUAUGACGGCUGCGUGGUCCCAUGAUGUUAAUACUUGCGUACUAUUGUUUGUACAGAUGAAUGUGGUACCUUCGGGCGUUUGGAAAUUGCUCCCAAGGAUGAACCAGACCUGGGGAGGUCUGCAAUUUUUUUUCUGAGGUCUUGGCUGAUUUCUUUUGAUUUUCCUAUGAUGUCAAGCAAAGAGGCACUGAGUUUGAAGGUAGGCCUUGAAAUACACUGCUCAAAAAAAUAAAGGGAACACUUAAACAACACAAUGUAACUCCAAGUCAAUCACACUUCUGUGAAAUCAAACUGUCCACUUAGGAAGCAACACUGAUUGACAAUAUAUUUCACAUGCUGUUGUGCAAAUGGAAUAGACAACAGGUGGAAAUUAUAGGCAAUUAGCAAGACACCCCCAAUAAAGGACUGCUUUGCAGGUGGUGACCACAGACCACUUCUCAGCUCCUAUGCUUCCUGGCUGAUGUUUUGGUCACUUUUGAAUGCUGGCGGUGCUUUCACUCUAGUGGUAGCAUGAGACGGAGUCUACAACCCACACAAGUGGCUCAGGUAGUGCAGCUCAUCCAAGAUGGCACAUCAAUGCGAGCUGUGGCAAGAAGGUUUGCUGUGUCUGUCAGCGUAGUGUCCAGAGCAUGGAGGCGCUACCAGGAGACAGGCCAGUACAUCAGGAGACGUGGAGGAGGCCGUAGGAGGGCAACAACCCAGCAGCAGGAAUGCUACCUCCGCCUUUGUGCAAGGAGGAGCAGGAGGAGCACCGCCAGAGCCCUGCAAAAUUACCUCCAGCAGGCCACAAAUGUGCAUGUGUCUGCUCAAACGGUCAGAAACAGACUGCAUGAGGGUGGUAUGAGGGCCCGACGUCCACAGGUGGGGGUUGUGCUUACAGCCCAACACCGUGCAGGACGUUUGGCAUUUGCCAGAGAACACCAAGAUUGGCAAAUUCGCCACUGGCGCCCUGUGCUCUUCACAGAUGAAAGCAGGUUCACACUGAGCACGUGACAGACGUGACAGAGUCUGGAGAUGCCGUGGAGAACGUUCUGCUGCCUGCAACAUCCUCCAGCAUGACCGGUUUGGCGUGGGUCAGUCAUGGUGUGGGGUGGCAUUUCUUUGGGGGGCCGCACAGCCCUCCAUGUGCUCGCCAGAGGUAGCCUGACUGCCAUUAGGUACCGAGAUGAGAUCCUCAGACCCCUUGUGAGACCAUAUGCUGGUGCGGUUGGCCCUGGGUUCCUCCUAAUGCAAGACAAUGCUAGACCUCAUGUGGCUGGAGUGUGUCAGCAGUUCCUGCAAGAGGAAGGCAUUGAUCCUAUGGACUGGCCCGCCCGUUCCCCAGACCUGAAUCCAAUUGAGCACAUCUGGGACAUCAUGUCUCGCUCCAUCCACCAAUGCUACGUUGCACCACAGACUGUCCAGGAGUUGGCGGAUGCUUUAGUCCAGGUCUGGGAGGAGAUCCCUCAGGAGACCAUCCGCCACCUCAUCAGGAGCAUGCCCAGGCAUUGUAGGGAGAUCAUACAGGCACGUGGAGGCCACACACACUACUGAGCCUCAUUUUGACUUGUUUUAAGGACAUUACAUCAAAGUUGGAUCAGCCUGUAGUGUGGUUUUCCACUUUAAUUUUGAGGGUGACUCCAAAUCCAGACCUCCAUGGGUUGAUACAUUUGAUUUCCAUUGAUCAUUUUUGUGUGAUUUUGUUGUCAGCACAUUCAACUAUGUAAAGAAAAAAGUAUUUAAUAAGAUUAUUUCAUUCAUUCAGAUCUAGGAUGUGUUAUUUUAGUGUUCCCUUAAUUUUUUUGAGCAGUGUACAUCCACAGGUACACCUCCAAUUGACUCAAAUGAUGUCAAUUACCGGUAGCCUAUCAGAAGCUUCUAAAGCCAUGACAUCAUUUUCUGGAAUUUUCCAAGCUGUUUAAAGGCACAGUCAACUUAGUGUAUGUAAACUUCUGACCCACUGGAAUUGUGAUACAGUGAAUUAUAAGUGAAGUAAUCUGUCUGUAAACAAUUGUUGGAAAAAUUAUUUGUGUCAUGCACAAAGUAGAUGUCCUAACCGACUUGCCAAAACUAUAGUUUGUUAACAAGAAAUUUGUGGAGUGGUUGAAAAACGAGUUUUAACGACUCCAACCGAAGUGUAUGUAAACUUCCGACUUCAACUGUAUAUUCGGUAUGUUAUGCUGCAAGACAUUUUCUUAACAGUAAUAAUACAUUUCAAUUUAUUUCCCCUUGCCAUCCCUGUCCCCCCAUCUCUCUCUCUCUCUCCCUCUCUACUCCGAUCUCCCACCCCCCCCCCCUCUCUCCUCCCUCCAGAUUAUUGAUCUCGUUCACGAAGCAGAAGGAUGCUCCCACCUGGUGGGGUUAUGCCCUGGCCUUCCUCAUGUUCUUCACGGCCUUCCUCCAGACCCUCAUCCUUCACCAACACUUCCAGUACUGCUUCGUCACCGGAAUGAGGCUCCGCACCUCCAUCAUAGGAGCUAUCUACAGGAAGGUGCACACAGGCGGAAGCAUGCACACACAAACAGAAACACACACAUUCACCACAGUGGCAAAAGUACUGAAUCUUUCUCUUCUGUUCUUUCUUUCUUUCUCUCUCUCUCUCUCUCUCCCUAGUCUCUGAUCAUCACUAACGCGGCCAAGCGUACGUCUACGGUGGGAGAGAUAGUCAACCUGAUGUCAGUGGACGCUCAGCGGUUCAUGGAUCUCACCACCUUUCUCAACAUGCUGUGGUCCGCCCCACUUCAGAUCAUACUGGCGCUAUACUUCCUGUGGCUGGUGAGUGGCUUCUUACCGUGGAGUAACUAGAACACUGUAUGGGGAGUAGAUCGAAUUAGAUGAUGUCUGUGUUGAUUAGACAUGCCUGGUCUGUCUGUAUUGUCGAGCCAGGGUCCAUCUCUGUUCUGUUGAUAGGUUGAUUUCUUGUUUCUGUGUUGAUUGGUCAUGCCUUGUUUUUGUGUUGAUUUGGUCAUGCCUUGUUUUUGUGUUGAUUGGUCAUGCCUUGUUUUUGUGUUGAUUGGUCAUGCCUUGAUUCUGUGUUGAUUGGUCAUGCCUUGUUUUUGUGUUGUAGAACUUUGGUCUGUUUCUCUGUUGAUUGGUCAUGCCUUGUUUCUGUGUUGAUUGGUCAUGCCUUGUAUCUGUGUUGAUUGGUCAUGCCUUGUUUCUGUGUUGAUUGGUCAUGCCUUGUCUCUGUGUUGAUUGGUCAUGCCUUGUCUCUGUGUUGAUUGGUCAUGCCUUGUCUCUGUGUUGAUUGGUCGUGCCUGGUCUCUGUGUUGUAGAAUCUGGGUCCGUCAGUGCUGGCUGGUGUUGCUGUGAUGAUCCUGCUGAUCCCCUUAAAUGCUGCCAUCGCUGUGCGGACACGAGCCUACCAGGUAUACACAAAUCCCUCUACUACUCCGAGAGCUUAUCGGUGGUGACAAGGAGUUGAAGUAGUGAUGAUGAUGAUGAUGAUUGUUAUUAAGAUGAUAAAGUCUCUUAUAGAUUAAACAACCAACGUCUCUUCUAAGGGUCAAAGUAGAAACAUGUGUCCAACUUGUUACCACAGAAAUGCUAAGGGUUAAACAACAAAGCUCUGUAGAGAUCUGCUGUGAGUUUGUACUGUUGUGCUUCAAACUCUGGGUUUGUGUCAGUUUUUAGUUUUUGUCUUUGAGCAACCAUAUCUUCAAUCUAAGCCUACUAGAAAGUGUGUGCCCUCAGGCCUGGAGGGAAGCAAAAGUCAUUCCGCUACCCAAGAAUAGUAAAGCUCUGUUUACUGGCUCAAAUAGCCAACCAAUCAGCCUGUUACCAACCCUUAGUAAACCUUUGGAAAAACAUUGUGUUUGACCAGAUACAAUGCUAUUUUACUGUAAACAAAUUGACAACAGACUUUUAGAACGCUUAUAGGGAAGGACAUUCAACAAGCACGGCACUUACACAAAUGACUGAUGAUUGGCUGAGAGAAAUUGAUGAUAAAAAGAUUGUGGGGGCUGUUUUGUUAGACUUCAGUGUGGUUUUGGACAUUAUUGAUCAUAGUCUGCUGCUGGAAAAACGUAUUUAUUAUGGCUUUACAUCCCCUGCUAUAAUGUGGAUAAAGAGUUACCUGUUUAACAGAACACAGAGGGUUUUCUUUAAUGGAAGCCUCUCCAACAAUAAUCCAGGUAGAAUCACGCAUUCCCCAGGGCAGCUGUCUAGGCCCCUUUUUCAAUCUUUACUAAUGAUAUGCCACUGACUUUGAGCCAGUGUCUAUAUAUGCGGAUGACUCAACACUAUACACGUCAGCUACUACAGCGAGUGAAAUCACUGCAACACUUAACAAAGAAUUGCAGUUAGUUUCAUAGUGGGUGGCAAGGAAUAAGUUAGUCCUAAAUAUUUCAAAAACUAAAAGCAUUGUAUUUGGGACAAAUCAUUCACUAAACCCUAAAUCUUGUAAUAAAUUAUGUGGAAAUUGAGCAAGCUGAGGUGACUAAACUGCUUGGAGUAACCCUGGAUUGUAAACUGCCAUUGUCAAAACAUUUUCCAUACAACAGUAGCUAAGAAGGCUUCCGAGUGGCGCAGCGGUCUAAGGCACUGCAUCUCAGUGCUAGAGGCGUCACUACAGACCCUGGUUCAAUUCCAGGCUGUAUCACAAUCUGAGUCCCAUAGGGCGGCACACAAUUGGCCCAGCGUCAGGGCAGCAUGGCUAGCCCUUAAAUGGACACAUAGAACUAACAUUAAUAAUAUGCAUGUCAAUCUCUCAUGGCUCGAAGUGGAGGAGAGAUCGACUUCAUCACUACUUGUUUUUGCAAGAAGUGUUGACAUGCUGAAUGCACCGAGGUGUCUUUUUUAAACUACUAGCACAAGACAUGCCACCAGAGGUCUCUUCACAGUCCCCAAAUCCAGAACAGACUAUGGGAGGCGUACAGUACUACAUAGAGCCAUGACUACAUGGAACUCUAUUCCUCAUCAGGUAACUGAUGCAAGCAGUAGAAUCAGAUUUUAAAAAACAGAUUAAAAAAACACCUUAUGGAACAGCGGGGACUGUGAAGAGACACACACACACACUCACAGGCACAGACACACGCUUACACAUACACAUGAUAAGAAACACACUCUACACACACGUACACAUUCAUUUUUUGUAUUGUAGAUAUGUGGUAAUAGAGUAGUGGCCUGAGGGCACACACUUAAUGUGUUGUGUAAAGUGUUACGAAAUGUAAUGGCAUGUAAUAUUUUAAAGUGUAUAUAACUGCCUUAAUGUUGCUGGACCCCAGGAAGAGUAGCUGCUGCCUUGGCAGGAACUAAUGGGGAUCCAUAAUAAACCCCAGGAAGAGUAGCUGCUGCCUUGGCAGGAACUAAUGGGGAUCCAUAAUAAACCCCAGGAAGAGUAGCUGCUGCCUUGGCAGGAACUAAUGGGGAUCCAUAAUAAACCCCAGGAAGAGUAGCUGCUGCCUUGGCAGGAACUAAUGGGGAUCCAUAAUAAACCCCAGGAAGAGUAGCUGCUGCCUUGACAGGAACUAAUGGGGAUCCUUAAUGAAUACAAAAACUAUCAAAGCCUCUUUCAAUGAGAUGAAAUACAGUGAAAAAACAACAGUGAGUAUGCUUUCUAAAUGUCCUCUCUCUCUCCCCCUUUACCCCCCUCCCCCUCUCCCCCCCUCUCUCCCCUCUACCCCCUCUCUCUCUACCCCUCUAUCCCCUCUCCCUCUCCCCCUCUACCCCCCUCCCCCUCUACCCAACUCUCUCCCCCUCUACCCCCUCUCUCUCUACCCCCUCUAUCCCCCCCCUCUCUCUCUACCCCCCCCUCUCUCUACCCCCCCGCUCUCUCUCUCUCCUCUAUCCCCCCUCUCCCUCCCCCUCUACUCCCCUCUCUCUCUCUCCCCCUCUAUCCCCUCUAUCUCUCCCCCUCUACCCCCCUCUCUCUCUACCCCUCUACCCCCCCUCUCUAACCCCACCUCUCUCUCUAACCCCUCUACCCCCUCUCUCUCUCCCCCUCUAUCCCCCCUCUCUCUCCCCCUCUAUCCCCCCUCUCUCUCCCCUCUACCCCUUCCCUCUCUCCCCCCCCCUCUCCCCCCCUCUCUGCCCCUCUACCCCCCCCUCUCUGCCCCUCUACCAACCCCCCCCCCUCCAUUCCCCCUCCUCCUCUCUCUCUCCAUUCCCCUCCUUCUCUCUCUCUCUCCAUUCCCCUUCUCUCUCUCUCUCUAUUCCCAUCCUUCUCUCUCUCCAUUCCCAUCCUUCUCUCUCUCUCUCUCUCUCUCCAUUCCCAUCCUUCUCUCUCUCAGGUGGAGCAGAUGCAGUACAAGGACGCUCGUAUCAAGCUGAUGAACGAGAUUCUGAACGGGAUCAAAGUGUUGAAGCUGUACGCGUGGGAGAACUCCUUUAAAGACAAGGUUCUGGAGAUCAGACAGAAAGAGCUCAAUGUGCUCCGCAAGACGGCCUACCUUGGUGCUCUGUCUACCAUGGCCUGGACCAGUGCACCAUUCCUAGUACGGGACACACGCGCAUGUACACACACACUGCAUCUAUAUUAUCCUUGUUGGACACUAGAUACCAUUUUGUAUAAGGAAGGUCAACUCUUUGUAAUAUGUAUUCAUAAGACUAAUAGUACACUCUAACUGACAACUGAAGUGCAGACCCAUGAGCUGUCCAGAGGAUCUACUUCUAUGUUUUUAUUCUUAAUGUCUCCUUAGGUUGCUUUGAUGACGUUUGCAGUGUACGUGACAGUGGAUAAAAAUAACAUUUUAGAUGCGGAGAAAGCCUUUGUGUCUUUGUCUCUGUUCAACAUCUUACGGUUCCCUCUCAAUAUGCUGCCCCAAGUCAUCAGCAGCGUUGUACAGGUAGGCUCUCCUACUCCUCCUCCUCCUCCUAUCACCCUUCUCCUAUCACUCUCCUCCUCCUCCUCCUCCUAUCACCCUCCUCCUAUCACUCUCCUCCUCCUCCUCCUUCUCCUCCUAUCACUCUCCUCCUCCUCCUAUCACUCUCCUCCUCCUCCUCCUAUCACCCUCCUCCUACUCCUCCUAUCACCCUCCUCCUUCUCCUCCUAUCACCCUCCUCCUCCUCCUAUCACCCUCCUCCUAUCACACCUCCUCCUAUCACUCUCCUCCUCCCCCUCCUCCUCCUCCCUAUCACUCUCCUCCUCCUAUCACCCUCCCCCCUAUCACUCCCCUCCCUCCAUCACUCCCUCCUCCUCCCCUACACUCUCCUACUCCUCCUCCAUCACUCUCCUCCUCCUCCCAUCACUCUCCUCCUCCUCCCUCCAUCACCCUCCUCCUCCUUCUCUUCCUUCACUCCCUCCUCCUAUCACUCUCCUCCUCCUCCUCCUAUCACCCUCCUCCUUCUCUUCCCUUUACAACCUCCUCCUAUCACUCUCCUCCUCCUCCUCCUAUCACUCUCCCUCUCCUCCCUCCUACACUCUCCCCCCCUCCCCCUUUCCUCUCCUACCCUCCCCUAUCCUCUCCUACCUCCUCCUCCUCCCCUAUCACCCUCCUCCCCUUCUCCUCCUAUCCUCCCCUCCUCCUCCUCCUCCUAUCCCCUCCCCCUAUCACCUCCUCCUCCCCCCCUCCUAUCACAUCCCCUCCUCCUCCUCCUCCUAUCCCCCCUCCUCCAAUACUCUCCUCCCCUCCUAUCACUCCUCCUCCUCCUAUCACUCUCCCUCCAUCCCUCCUCUCCUCCUCCUAUCACCCUCCUCCUACUCCUCCUAUCACCCUCCUCCUUCUCCUCUCUAUCCACCCUCCUCCUCCUCCUAUCACCCUCCUCCUAUCACCCCUCCUCCUAUCACUCUCCUCCUCCUCCUCCUUCUCCUCCUAUCACCCUCCUCCUCCUAUCACUCUCCUCCUCCUCCUCCUUCUCCUCCUAUCACCCUCCUCCUCCUAUCCCUCCUCCCCUCACUCCUCCUCCUCCUCCUCCUCCUCCUCCUAUCACUCUCCUCCUCCUAUCACUCUCCUCCUCCUAUCACCCUCCUCCUCCUAUCACUCUCCUCCUCCUAUCACUCUCCUCCUCCUCCCUCCUAUCACCCUCCUCCUCUUCUCUUCCUAUCACCCUCCUCCUCCUAUCACUCUCCUACUCCUCCUCCUAUCACCCCUCCUCCUCCUUCUCCCUCCUAUCACUCUCCUCCCUCCUCCUCCUCCUCCUCCCUAUCACCCUUCUCCUAUCACUCUCCUCCUCCUCCUCCUAUCACCCUUCUCCUAUCACUCUCCUCCUCCUCCUCCUCCCUCCUAUCACCCUUCUCCUAUCACCGCUCCUACUCCUCCUCCUAUCACCCUCCUCCUCCUUCUCCUCCUAUCACUCUCCUCCUCCUCCUCCUAUCACCCUUCUCCUAUCACUCUCCUCCUCCUCCUCCUAUCACCCUUCUCCUAUCACUCUCCUCCUCCUCCUCCUCCUCCUAUCACCCUUCUCCUAUCACUCUCCUCCUCCUCCUCCUAUCACCCUUCUCCUAUCUCUCUCCUCCUCCUCCUCCUAUCACCCUCCUCCUAUCACUCUCCUCCUCCUCCUCCUUCUCCUCCUAUCACCCUCCUCCUCCUAUCACUCUCCUCCUCCUCCUCCUCCUCCUAUCACCCUCCUCCUAUCACUCUCCUCCUCCUCCUCCUCCUCCUCCUCCUAUCACUCUCCUCCUCCUAUCACCCUCCUCCUCCUAUCACUCUCCUCCUCCUAUCACUCUCCUCCUCCUCCUCCUAUCACUCUCCUACUCCUCCUCCUAUCACUCUCCUCCUCCUCCUCCUAUCACUCUCCUCCUCCUCCUAUCACCCUCCUCCUCCUUCUCUUCCUAUCACUCUCCUCCUCCUAUCACUCUCCUCCUCCUCCUCCUAUCACCCUCCUCCUCCUUCUCUUCCUAUCACCCUCCUCCUCCUAUCACUCUCCUACUCCUCCUCCUAUCACUCUCCUACUCCUCCUCCUAUCACUCUCCUCCUCCUCCUCCUAUCACUCUCCUACUCCUCCUCCUAUCACUCUCCUCCUCCUCCUCCUAUCACCCUCCUCCUCCUUCUCCUCCUAUCACUCUCCUCCUCCUCCUCCUCCUCCUCCUAUCCACCCUCCUCCUAUCACUCUCCUCCUCCUCCUCCUCCUAUCACCCUCCUCCUCCAAUCACUCUCCCUCCUCCUCCUAUCACUCUCCUCCUCCUCUUCAUUCACUCUCCUCCCUCCUCCUCCUAUCAACCCUCCUCCUCCUUCUCUUCCUAUCACCCUCCUCCUCCCAUCACUCUCCUCCUCCUCCUCCUAUCACUCUCCUCCUCCUCCUCCUCCUCCUAUCACUCUCCUCCUCCUCCUCCUCCUAUCACCCUCCUCCUCCUCCUCCUCCUCCUAUCACCCUCCUCCUCCAAUCACUCUCCUCCUCCUCCUAUCACUCUCCUCCUCCUCUUCAUCACUCUCCUCCUCCUCCUCCUAUCACCCUCCUCCUCCUUAUCUUCCUAUCACCCUCCUCCUCCUAUCACUCUCCUACUCCUCCUCCUAUCACUCUCCUCCUCACCCUCCUCCUCCUAUCACUCUCCUACUCCUCCUCCUAUCACUCUCCUCCUCCUCCUCCUCCUCCUCCUAUCACCCUCCUCCUCCUUCUCCUCCUAUCACUCUCCUCCUCCUCCUCCUCCUCCUAUCACCCUUCUCCUAUCACUCUCCUCCUCCUCCUCCUAUCACCCUCCUCCUAUCACUCUCCUCCUCCUCCUAUCACUCUCCUCCUCUUACCCCUUCUGUCACUCCUCUUGUGUGUGUGUGUGUGUGUGUGUGUGUGUGUGUGUAUGUGUGUAUGUGUGUGUGUGUGUGUGUGUGCGUAUAUAUGUGCAUUGUGUUGACUCUAGCUUCUCUUCAGGCCAGCGUGUCUCUGAAGCGUAUCCAGGACUUCCUGAGUCAUGAAGAGCUGGACCCAGAGUCUGUGGACAAGAAAAACACUGCCACAAGUAAACAUGGACGUUUCUGACCAAGGAACCUGCCCAAACUUGGCUGGGCUGGUUCCAUUUCACUAACUAGGCUUUUCCGAUAGGCCUUAGGUUUUCACUGACAUGAAGGGAUAGGAUAUAGGAAAGCUAGUGGGACGGGGCCUCUGAGGCAAUCUAAUGGUCUGUUUCUAUUGAGUCAUUCUAAUGGUCUGUUUCUGUUGAGUCUUUCUAAUGGUCUGUUUCUGUUGAGUCUUUCUAAUGGUCUGUUUCUGUUGAGUCUUUCUAAUGGUCUAUGUUUCUGAUAAGUCAUGUUGACAUUGGCCUUGCCAUGGUGCGACUGCCUGACAUUAUUGCAGGCAGUUGAGUUUUCAAUAAGUACCGAUGGGGGUUAUUGUAAUACAUUUUGGUUCUGCAUACUGUAGUCAUUACUCUUGGCUUUUGUAAUAUAAACAUUUUAGACUCUACGUUGAGGUAACUUAAGGGAAUUAGACACAGGGAUUCCACAGUGUAUAGUCAUGGCUUAUCCUUCUUGGCUCUGAGACAGUUUGAGUUGAUACUUAUAAGUGUCCAGUUUGGUAAUGCUGUGUCAUGAUUCGUGUUUUUGUAACUGCCUUGCAUUCCUACACUGUGUUCUCCCCUUCAGAUAGCUCAGUGACGCUUGUCAAUGGGAAGUUCACCUGGGCAAAACAAGAUCCUCCUGCUCUACACAAGUAAGUUGCAUCAUGCAAAGGACAAAUAACCAUUUAAGGGAACAAAUACACUUUACUGAUGGGCGUGGGUGUGUUUGUGUUUGUCCGCAGUAUAAACCUGAUGGUGCCCCAGGGCUCUCUGCUAGCUGUGGUAGGACAUGUAGGUUGUGGGAAGUCUUCUCUGGUGUCAGCUCUACUGGGAGAGAUGGAGAAACUGGAGGGAGACAUCUCCAUACGGGUACGUCUGCACUCAAUUAAAUUAUACUAACUGAAGGUUGAUUGGUGGGUAAUUUGCUUGAAUGGGUAAUUGAUUGGUGGGUCAAUGUAUUGAUUGAUUGAUUGAUUGAUUGAUUGAUUGAUUGAUUGAUUGAUUGAUUGAUCGAUCGAUUGAUUGAUUGAUUGUUAGGGUCUAGUUGUAGUUUUCAGCUGUACGGAGUUCCCUCACUCCUCCUCUCCUCCAGGGUUCGGUGGCCUUCGUCCCCCAGCAGGCCUGGAUCCAGAACGCCACUCUGAGAGACAACAUCCUGUUUGGCAAGGCCUACAACGAGCAGAAGUACCGCUGUUGUCUGGAGGCCUGCGCCUUAACCCCUGACCUGGAAGUACUACCUGGAGGAGACCUGACCGAGAUCGGAGAGAAGGUAGGGAAUUUGGGAUGUACUAAAAUGGUUUUUUUGGAGCUUAAAGUUCAUUUAGCCACUGAACAAACUUAGGCAUUUGCCGGGAGCUAAAUAGGUCUUCGUUUUAAAACAACAAAUCAGUGAUUUGCUAGUGUUUUUUCUCUCUCUCUCUCUUCUCUGUCUUCUUCUGUUCUCGUUUCUUCUGUCUUCUUCUGUCUGUCAUUUCGUUUCCCCUUUUUUUUCGUCCCCUUUUCCCCCCCCCCCCUGCCCCCCGUCCCUCCCCGCCCUUUUCCCCCCUCUGGUCCUUUCUUCCUGGUUUUUUUUGCGCUUUCGUUUUAAUGGUGAACAUGUGGGUGUGGGUGUGUUUGUGUGUUGUGUAACCUGGCAGUAAACUGAUGGUGCCCACGAGGGCUUUAGCUGCUAAAAAACAUGAUUGGGCUUUGGUGUCGUUAGUGUUUUGUGUGUGAGUGUUGUUGUUGGGAGUCUUGCUCUUCAUUGUUCGUCUCGCUCGAGCUGACCGUUGAGUAUCAUU